AUGGCGAGCCCCUCGACGACGCCCCGGUCUACGACACUGGCGGCGGUGGUCCCCGUAGCGGAGGGGACGCCGGCAGCGGUGCUGCCGCCGCUCGGCUCGAUUGCGUCCUUAUACGUGGGCGACCUGGCUGAGAUUGUGGACGAGACGCAGCUCCACGCAGUCUUCAGCCAGGUCGCGCCCCUCGCGAGCGUGCGCGUCUGCCGGGACAUCGUCAGCGGCGUCUCGCUUGGGUAA